CAUGUGGGCAUACAGAGGUAUGCAGGCGCUCUCUGUGCGGCGUGCAUUUGAGAGAGAGAGAACGAAGGAUGCGUUGAGACUAGGACAAAAGAAGGUUCAUAGUUAAGGUGCGAAGACGAAUUGAGUUUUUUUUUUAUUUUUUUCGCUAUUUGACGACGCACAGCUUUUGCCGUGUACAGUACAUACAUGUACUGCUUCUUUUCCCGCGUUUUGUUUGGUGCUGUUGGACUCUUCUUUUUCUUUCUUCUUCCCCUCCUCCACUGGCCAGGCACCCCUCCCCCUCUGCCGCUUUCUUCUUCCCAAUGGGUCGGGUCAUCGCCAUCGUCAUUGCAUUCUCUCGUACCUCAUUCAGCCAUCCCUCCAUCCACACUCGCCCCUCCCUCCCUCCCCCACUCCCCCCACUCCCCUCUCUAAUUCACACUCCACAAUGUAUCAGCCCGAUGCCGAAGAGUCCGUCUCCCUCUUCAUUUCCCUCGUCUGCAUCUCGCUUAUGGCCCUGCUCUUUGGCCGCAAGACCGCCAGCACGAAGCUCAGAACCAUCAACUAUGCACGCGGCCUCGUCGUUGCACUAUACCUGGUCUCCUGGGCUUUCUCCGUGAUAGCGACCAUGCUCGUCCAGACCAACAACAACAACCUCCUCUCCUGCGAACUCUCCAUCCUCUCCUGCAUCGCCCUCUACGCGUUGUCCAAGAUCAUCAUCUACCUGUUCCUGAUGGAGAAAGUCUAUGUGGUCACAGCCAUCGGUUGCACCCGCUCGAACUUCUUGCUCUACAAGAUCAACCUCGGGUUGAUGACCCCCUACGUGGCCGUUAUCGCCCUCAUGGUCACCUUCAGGGUCGCACAGCUCGAGGACGAGGGCAAAUGUUACAUUGGCCUGCUACGACCCGGUGCAUUACCAUUGAUCCUGUACGACAUUGUCAUGUCAUGCUGGUUGACCUUCUUGUUCCUGAGACCGCUGAUGAGUUCAAGCUCGUUCUUGCAGGGGCCCUCGAAGGGGAAUUUGAGAGAUGUAGCCCGGAGGACGCUAAUGGGAUCAUUGAUUGCCCUGCUGUUGAGUUCUGCCAACAUCUUCACGUUGGUCUACUUUAACGGACAUGAGCGUGGGUUGAUCUGCUUAGCCUCGUGUACGGUGGAUGUGACAUUGAAUGCGAUUACGAUCCACUGGGUGACGAAUCGUGGUGCAGGGAAAUCAUCGAAUCCGACGAAUCGGUCGGUGGGUGGGCGGAGAGGCCGUGGCGGUAACGGUGCUGCGAACACGUAUAGCUUUGGCGACCGUUUCGCCACAGAUUCAGAUAGGCAGAUCGCACCGCUCGAGUCUCACAUCUCAGUAACGGUCGAGUCGUAUGUGGAGGAGUACCACCAACUACAUUAUGGGGGCACCAGUUCACAUUACUGACGAGCCGAGGACAAAAAUAAAAUAAUAAUAAAAAGAAAAAAGAAAAAAGAAAAAAACGAUCGGAUAUCCCAC